ACGGAAUGCACGGAAGUUUGAGCGACACAACUGAUUCACGACGUGGUCUCCACGCGGCGGCUUCGCGAAGGGGAAAGGAGAGAAAGAGAGAGAGGGAAAAGAAUCAGCAGGCACGUGCGCGCGUUCAAACCGGCGAGUGGAACGAAGACAGGUCGUCUUGGGAUAAUCGGAUGAAUUGACGACAGAUCUGAUAUUAUUGUAGAGCCUCAAAGCAUUCUUGAGCAGAGUUGGUAAGUUUGGUCACAAGGUAGGCAGAAUCGUGCAGGAUGCCGUUUAUGAUAGGCAAGGAGCCCAUACGGCGGACGGUAAAAUAUCUAAUGUCUGGUAAACUGGUCCUGAAGGACAAGAUACAAAUAUUCUCCAUCAAUUACAACACACAUGGAGAACAUCACCAAGGCACAAGAGACUUCGUGUUUUGGCAUCUAUCGCAGCUGCAGUAUAAGAAUCCAAAUGUGCAGAUAGUUACCUUUAAAAACUUAACCCCAUCACCGUUCAUAAAAUGCUACUAUGACAAUGGUAAGACCAUGCUAAUAGAUGUAGACAGCAAAACCAAGGACGAGAUACUUGAGCAUCUCGUGAAAGUAGUGGGAAAAUCUAAGGAAGUAUUGACUACAGAAGCCCUAGCUCAAGAAAAGAAGGACAAUCCGGCGAAUUUCGGAAUAGGCUGUGACAGGAGCUGUAUAUGUCAUGUUCCGGGUCAAGUACCAUGCCCUGGUAUAGUACCCUUGCCAGAUCAUAUGCGUGGAAAAAUCAUAAUUGAAAGAUUACAGAAUAAAGAGUAGACUGUAAUUAAAAAUUCUUGUUACAAUUGUAUUAUAAUUGUACAUGUUACAUGUAUAAACGUGUAUAUGUGUGUGAGUGUGUAAGUGGCGUGUAUACUCUUAUCCAAAAGUACGAACGGUGGAAGUAACUUUCGCAUUUUAUUUCAAAGCAUGUCAUGUAUGCGCUCGCUAUAAAAAAAGAUCUCUGGAUAAGAUGGUAUAAUAUUGAAUAAAAUUUCCGUAAUUCUAAUUUUAGAAA